ACUCCUCCACUCAUUCUUUCACCGGGGCCACCUGCCACACCUCCUGCGGGGAGAGAGGCGUGUCCGCCGGGGGCUACCGUCCGCCCGUUUCCGACUCACUUCCUUGUUCUUCUGGGGAAGGCGAAGUUUUUCACGGAACGGACACGUCCGGAUUAGUGACUUUUUUUCGGCUCAACUAGCGCUAAAUGUUGGAAGCAAACAUCUAAUUUCUCACUCAUAGUUCUGGGCUGACAGAAAGUGUGAAGCUAAUGGCUGACAGCCGAGGAGAGAAGAAAAAAGCAGAUCGGGAGGAAGGCGCCACCGGCGGGGAAGACGUCAUCGAUGAUCCCAUUCUGGAGCAAGGAGCAGUGGUCCUCAGAGGGUAUGUAAUUGAGCGUAUAAACACAGCAGAGCCCAGUCGACACGUCUCCUCUGAAGACCUGGGAGGAAGGCCAAACGAGCAACAGGAUCCACAAAUCAAAGAGGUGGUGGAACAUCUUCUCAAGAUUGCAGAGGAGCUGAACAGGAAUGCCGAGCUCCAACAACUGAUCAACCAGGUUCAGAGCAACUGUGCUCAAGACAUCUUCAUGAAGGUGGCCAGGAGCAUCUUUGCUGAUGGCAUCAACUGGGGUCGAGUGGUGGCUCUCUUCCAUCUGGCCUACAGACUCAUAUACAAGGCACUGACCACCAACCACCUAGAGAACAUCAGAACAGUUAUCAGCUGGGUUCUUCAGGUCAUCAGAGAGCAGCUCUACUCCUGGAUCGUACAGCAGGGAGGCUGGGAAGGGGUGAUCCGCGGGUUUUCUCGGUGGAGGACAGUAGCUGUAGUAGCAUCGAUAGUGUUGGUGGCAACUAUUGUUUACUACAGGAAGACGCGCUGAGACAUCAGACCUCACAAGCAGGACUGUGGUCGCAUCUCCUCGAUAAAAGCAGCGUGUUAAUAAAGACCGUUUUUGAACAUUAAUUACAACCACUCCUUAACCUCCCUCUAAUUAACCAGAGGAAAUCAAGUACUGUACCUAGAAGAGGAAAAAAACUCUCCUCAUCAGGUGUCUAAGGACAAAAAAGCCACUAUCCACAGGGCAGCUUCAUCAUCCUUAACAAGCAACUUUUCUUUAACUUCCAUGGAAUUACAAAAGCUGCUGGAACACCACCUCAAGCAGCUAAACGGGGGGGUUCCCAGCUCUUGUACCCCACCUGAACCAGAUCUCAGGUCCUUAGUUCCACUGGGUGGGGUCCACCUUGAAUAUCGUUGGGUCUUGUGUCUGAGCAAAAUUUGGGUUAGUCCCAAGAGGACCUGAAAAACAGUCUGAUGACAACAACAUAUGCUGCCAAAAACUUUCAAGAAUUCAAGAAAUGACUGAGCUGAAUGUACUGCAGCUUCAUCAUGUCCAGCUGAGCUUCAGGUAGAUGAUCGGGAUCAUCACAGGUCCUUUUCACAUCAAAUCCAUUUCUUUAGCUUUAUUCUAUGGCCCAUCAGUUUGAGUGAUUUUAGCUAUGUCUCCAACUCGGUGUGUGUCUGUCCAUCACUUGAUGGAUGCGUCUCAGUCAUGCCUCAGGCAAGCAGUCGUGACAUUAAUCACAUUAACAAUGGCUGCAAACCAUUUAGUUUCCCAGUUCCAGCUGCUUUGCCGUGCAUGCUGGCUCACUGACAUCCGUACAUGGAACAUCAUAUAACUAAUUACAUCUUAUCACUUGUGUAAUUAUGUAAUUAGCUACAUGAUUUACCAAAUAUAAUUAUGUUGUAUGGUUUAAUUUUAAUGUAUGAUGUUAAUUAGACUCACCAUGCUCAACAUGCCCAUGUUGCUGAAUUCAUCCAAAAAAGUGACCCUAAAUCUGACAGUGAGCUGAUUAUGUCAUCACAUUUCUACUUUUCUGCUUUUUGGCUGUUUUGGACCAAAGUGCUUGUUUGGAGUUGUGGUUGACUUUUAAAUAACAGUUCAGUUUUUAUGAAAAAAGAAAUCUAGAUAUUUUCUAACACAGAUGCUAAACUUUUGUGCACAUGCAUUGUUUAACAGUCUGAAGCUGUCUAUGCAGAAAAUGAAUAAGACCUUUCUCACUGUGGAUAAGUGCUCAGAUGUGGUGAAGUGUAUGUUUACAGUCAGUCUAUAAGCGAAUGAACUGUUUCUGUAUGAAUUCCAGACAUGUACCAGCAGAGCAAAGACGCUUAUUUGUUGCCCCUCUCUGCCAGUUGUGUGUGAAUGUAGUUGAUUACACAAGACGUGCACAAGUUUAACAUGUUGGUUUGACUGAGGAACCAGAUGCUGCCCGUCAACCUUGUUCAGUAGGUUUAUGACCACCAUCAGGUCACUCGUAUAGUCGUCUGAGCACAGAAAGGGGGCAGUGUUAGCUCAGUUGGUAGAGCAGCCGCCCCAUGUAUGAAGGCUCAGUCCUUGCUGCGGAAGCCCAGGGUCUGAAUCCGACCUGUGGCUCUUUCACGCAUGUAAUUCCCCAUCUCGCUCUCCACAUUCCUGUCACUCUUCGGCUGUCUCUGUCAAAUAAAGCUUGAAAAGGCCAAAAAAACAAUCCUUAAAAAGAAACGAGAAAGAAUGAGGCAGUAGCUGUUAAUCAAACUGAAAGAGAAGGAAGAUCAACGAGAGAAUGGUUUAUCGUGGAUGAAAACAGCCUCUCAGGAGACAUCCAGUAUGUCACUCAACAAUAUUUUAGAGUAGGCCCACUCACCAGCGUCACAGUGUAGUUCUCUUUUUCCAGCUGGUUGUUUCAUGCAGUAUUUCACACAGACAGAUGCUGGUAGAUGUUUAAACCUCUGACUUUUGUAAAAAAUCUAUUUUAGAGUUUGAAUGAGAAGGAGCAGACUGUUGUUUACAGUUUUCCUCCUCUUCAUAGGUAAAGAAGUAAUUAUUUAAAUGUUGAAUAGCUUUUUGCUUAUUGCAGUGUGUAAGGGUUGGAUGACAUGAUGGAUGGAUGGCUUUAGCAGACCUCAGCUCUGUUAUGGAAUGCCUCAUGUCAUUUAUUUUUGCUACUAAAUUGAUCUUGCACUUUUAAAAGGGAUAUCACACUAUAUGUUUUACAGUAAAUGACUAUUUAUCUGCUGUUCUGUGGUGUUUUUUAAAUGUGAUCUGAUGAUAAUUUUUUUGUUAAACAAUCACUGGGAUAGAUUUAUGUGAAUCAAUUAAAGAUGUGUUAAAAAA